AUGGCAGCGCUUGACGGCUUCGACGUGGAGGCGUACGCCGCCAAAUACAGCGGCCGCAACCGCACCGAGCGAUUGCUUUUCCUUACUCAGACAUGCCCUGCGCUGGAGUCUGAGGCCAAACGCGCGCUACUCCGUGAGCUCAAGGGGAGCUUGAAUAUGGGUCUUUACGCCGAGAUGCUUGCCGACAAGGCAAAAGACGAGGCUAGUUUCAUUGACAACGUGAAACACAACGCGGCACAACAGCAUGAGCGCUUGGAGCAGGAGCUAAACUCGUACAAGUCCACGAUGAUCAAGGAAAGCAUCCGGAUGGGCCACAACGACUUGGGAGAUUUCUACUACAAUUUAGGAGAUCUGGCCUCUGCGCUGAAAAGUUUCGCCCAGGCGCGGGAUUAUUGCACCACGGAUAAACACAUUAUUGAAAUGUGUCUAAACGUGAGCAAAGUGGCACUGCACAUGCGCAACUUCGGUCAUGUCACCAACUAUUUGACAAAAUUGGAACAAGUCAGCAGCUCCCAGAGUGACCCCAUUCUCAAGUCGAAAAUCUCGUCGGCUUCUGGUCUUGUGGCCUUGCACGACAAAAACUACCACGCAGCUGCCUCCAAGUUUAUCGAGUGCAGCGCGGAGAUUGGUGCAAGCUACAACGAGGUGCUACAUGCCGAGGAUAUCGCGCUCUACGGCGGGAUUUGCGCUCUGGCGUCUUUCAAACGUGAAGAAUUGAAGGAAAAAGUGAUCAACAACUCGUCAUUCAAGGCAUUUCUGGAGCUGUUGCCAUGGCUACGUGAGCUCAUCACGGACUUUUACUCGAGCAACUACGCCUCAUGUCUGCAGACACUGGAGCAAAUGAAGCCCGAGCUCAAGCUGGACUUGUAUCUGUGUGAGCAUGUGGAAAACCUGUGCAAAGAGAUUCGCAGUCGCGGGAUCAUCCAGUACUUCUACCCGUAUCUUUCAGUGGACUUGCACCAGAUGGCUCGUACUUUCAACACACCGAUAGCGGAUCUUGAGAAGGAGAUCUGCGAUCUCAUUGCAGCAGAGCGUCUGCACGCUCGGAUGGAUUCGUACCAAAAGGUGCUGCAUGCGUACCACCCGAACCAGCGCGCUGCAACGUACGAUCGCGCGUUCGAAGUGGGUCGAAAGUAUGCGGCGGAGUCGCGCAAUCUGCUUCUGCGUAUGAGUCUGCUCAAGAACAACAUCAUUAUCCGUGACUCGUAA